AUGGCCACCAUCGUGGACAUUCUGGCUGACAUGGGGUCCAUUGCCGCCAGUAUGGGAGCCAUCUCGCCAAGGCUACGGAAUCCCACACUCCGCCCCUCCGGCCAAGAGGUUACUCAACUUCACGAGCUGGCGGCUAGGAUACUUGAACAUGCGCAAUCUCUUCGCGAGAAGCUCACCGCUUGCGCGGCACAGUCAAAUAUCCGCGCUGCAGCACAGGGCCAGAUAAAAGGGUCGAUCCUAAAGAGAAACCUGGUCGCCAUCUUCCAAGGACACUCGGCCUCGGCCGUUGAUUCGCCUUCACUCAAGGCGCGAAAGGCAAGGAAGACAGAAAAGGGCCGGGUACUCCGCAGCUUAGGUGCAGGCCCCAUCUUGGCGUGGGCUGUAUCCUUACCGCCUAGUUCGUGGGAGGAGAUGGACCAACUUGUCUUUAAUGAUGUUGCGAGGCAGAUGGUAGAUGCGGGUGCUGGCGGCGAGCCUGUGGCAGACAUAGCGGUAAAUGUGCGGGACACGAUCCGUGAACUGGAAAGGGAGGAGCCCUUCUGUAACAUCGCGCCAUAUGGCCGUUUCGUUGAAGAGGUCGAGGAACUCGCGCGCAGCCCGCGCAAUCAGCAUCAGCCCAAAAAGCGAAGGCUCGACACGGAUGGCGACGCCGAGGAUCCAUCGCCGCGUCCGGAAAUUUACAACAGAGAAAGCCUUGUGCCUGAGUGUCGAAACGCCCAGGCUGCACCGGACCUAUGCUUCGGGGACUGUAGGUUGACUGGCUUCCAUACCAGCUCGGAACAUUCUAAGCCCAGCCGGCCUGCUAACAACUGUCAUUUUAAGCAUUCCUAG